CAGUAGAGAAGAGGAAUCGAACCGUGCAUGUUGUUUUGCAAUCGCACCAGUGUCAGGUUGAUAAAUAUUUUUCUGCGCAUUCUUGUAGUGAAGGUGAAAACAUGAUGAGAAUCGAAAAAGUCAAUUUACUAGCGAUAAACGAGUGAAUCUUGUUGUUUUGGUGAGAAUAGUUUUUGCUGCAAACUUGUAGAAGUAGAAGUAACCGGAGUAUAAUAGUCGGGGAGGAGGAAAAAAAAUUAUUGUUGAAAUAAGAGAAGUGCACGAAAGUGAUGUCACCAGGAGUUGCGUUUGAUUGUCCAAUGAAAUAAGAUUCAUUGGCCGAUUUUUGCUAAAAAUAGAAUAGACACUAGCAGUGAAUCACAUGCAAAUUUGGAUUCCACUAACCAGACGCGUAACAGAUCGAAGACGCUACGAUGGUUUUCGAGAGCAUUGUCGCAGAUGUUCUGAACCGAUUUGUAGGCGAAUAUGUGGAAAAUCUGGACAAGAAGCAACUGAAGAUUGGCAUAUGGGGCGGCGACGUCGUACUCAAUAAUUUGACGCUCAAACAAAGCGCAUUAAAGGAGCUUGAUCUUCCGGUCAGUACUGUCUACGGUCACCUCGGUAAACUAGUACUCAAGAUCCCGUGGAAAAAUCUGUACAGCGCACCCGUAGAAGCCAUUGUUGACAAGUUGUAUCUGUUAGCCGUUCCAAACACAGAUGUCCGCUACAAUAGCGAAAAGGAGGAGAAGACUGCCUUCGAUGCUAAGAAAGCUGAAUUGGCACGUAUCGAGCAGGCGAAGAAGAAUGAGGAAGAAAAGGACAAACCAGUGGCUGAUAAAUCCUUCGCCGAGAAGCUUACCGCCCAGAUCGUCAACAAUGUACAGAUCAAGAUAUCUGAUAUCCACGUGCGCUACGAGGACACUACCACCACUGGAUAUCCGUUCGCCUUCGGGGUGACGUUGAGUAAUCUGAGCGUUCACACGACCGAUGAAAAUUGGAUGCAAACGCUUGUGUCCCAAUCAGUCACCAAAAUAUACAAAGUGGCACAAAUGGAAAUGUUGUCGGUGUAUAUGAAUUGCAAUACGCAGCUCUUCCAAGAACAGGAUCAGUCCAUGUACAAGACACUUUUCCAGGAAACAAUUGCUUCGAAAAAUCAAAAACCGGAAGGGUAUCACUAUAUUUUCGGUCCAAUCAGCUCGGGUGCUCGGUUGGAAAUGGUACCGAAUCCAGAAUCGGAAGCGACGCCGUUUAGUUCACCUAAAAUUAAACUGAACUUGUGCAUGGAGACAUUAGGUAUCGGUAUAACGAGAGUACAGUUCCAAAACAGUAUGCAGCUGUUGGAGGCAUUUGGACGAAUGAUGCGGGCUAUGCCAUUCAGGAAAUACCGACCACAUGGAAUUUCGUACAAGGGCAAUAGCAAGGUGUGGUGGAAGUUUGCUUACGUUUGUGUACUGGAAAUGGACGUACGGCGGCGUCGCAAGAACUGGUCCUGGGACAAUAUGCUUCAGCACAGGCAGUGUUUGAAACGUUAUGAAGAAGCCUAUAAGGGGCAGCUUACUGCCAAAAAGAUAACCCCGGAAAUAACCGCUCGGUGCGAGGAAUUGGAAAAGAUACUUGAUCUACACAAUAUUAUAGUCAUUAGACAGAAAAUAGAACUGGAAGUUAUGAAAGAGGGUAAAAAGCAACAGGAAGAGCAGAAAGGAGGCUGGUUUAGUUCCUGGUGGGGUGGAGGUGCUAAGAAAACGGACGACGCUAAUAGCACGGCUGACAUAAAAACACAAUUUGAGGCCGCGAUGACACAAGAAGAAAAAGCAAAAUUGUUCAAAGCCAUCGGGUAUCAAGAGCAGGAUUCUCCUACAGAGCUUCCGGAAUACUAUGUGGCUCAAGUUCUGCAAUUUGAGCUAAAGUCGUUAGAGGUUUCUAUCAAAUCAGAAGUCAACGUUGAUUCUCAGGAUAAAUUUGCCAAUAACACCCGGCAAUUGGAGAGAAUUAUGCUACUUGAGUUGAAUAACGUCCUUUGUAGUAUACAACAGAGACCGUCCGCUGCGGCAAUGAAAAUUGCUUUAACGAUGCAGGAGCUUACCAUCUCCGGUUUGUGGCAGAAUGAAGCUCUCCCAAUCAUAGUCAAAUCUCAGCUGGAACGAUCGGACACUUUGCUGGAUGUAUCCGUUGAAACGAAUCCCGAGGAUAAACUGUUUGAUUUACGAGUUGAAGUGACCUCGCGUCCUUUGCAGAUUAUAUAUGAUGCAGAGACCAUAAUACAACUGGCGAAAAUUUUCAGGACUCCCACAACAGCCACGAUUUCGCAGCUAACGGACGCCGCCGCUGAGAAACUGGUCAACAUUAAGGAGCGAUCAGCAACUGGACUGCAAUACGCCAUUGCAAAACAUCCUCGAAUGGAGUUGAAGGUCGAUAUCAGCCCCAGUUAUCUGAUAGUUCCUAACGGAGGAUUUUUCUGUGGUCGUGAAUCAGUUCUAAUUGUCAGCUUGGGUCAACUGUUGGUUCGAACGGAAGCGCGUCCCCUGAACCAGAAAGACGUACACACAAUGCACGAGGAAGGUGCGAACCAGGAGGAGAUUCUAAACGAAAUUAUUCGUCAAAGUUACGACAAGUUUGUGCUUGAAAUCCGUGAUGUACAGGCAAUCGUGGCCACGUUUGACGAGGAUUGGCAGGGAACGCUCCAGUGUAGUACCGUCACAGAGAUGCACCUGUUAGAACCGACCUCUUUCCGAAUAUCCGCACAUCUUUGCGUAAUCGAUGACGAUCCACGGUUGGCCAAGUGUAAAAUAUUCGGCGAGCUUCCAUCGGUGAACAUUUGCGUAACAGAGCAACGAGUAUUGGAAGCUUUAUCGAUUGUGACUAGUCUACCGCUGCCAGAGAGUGACGAACCUCAACCAGCACCAAUCACCAAAGAGAGCAAUGUGUUCAGUUCCAGCUUAUCCCUGUUGAAGUAUUUGGACGACACGCAACAAAAGCUAACCAAAAUUCAACGACCGGCAGAGAAUUUAAACACUUCGGAUGUAGUUGAUGGCGAGAUAAUUCAGUUCAUUGAUUUAGAAGUGAGGUUUGUUCUGAAAGAAUGCUCGCUGACUAUUUUUAAAAUCAGCGGCACAGGAAGUAGUUCAUCGGAUGUAUUCGCAACACCAACGGAAGAGUUUUGUCAGUCUCCGCUGGAGCAAAACUUGAUGCAACGAAAGAGUGUAGCGUUCAAUGUACCUUUUUUGAACACUAAUUCUAGCAAAAUUGUUGCAAUCAAAGUUAAGCAGCUAGAGAUGACCAUGGUACAACGAACGUAUGAUUUAAAAGUAGCGUUAAAACUAGGAGCCGUAACUUUAGACCAAUUCCGUAUUAAGAACGAUCAUGAGAAUAUUCUCAAUGUCAUCCAAACACCGAAGUAUGACGAUAACGAUGACUAUUUGUUCACAUUGAACUAUACAAAUUGCAAGAAAAAUAGCCCUGAGUUUGUCACAAAAUAUGAAUCUGUCGAACAAGAAGUUGGUAUCGAUUUCUCCACUUUGGUACUUUUGCUGCACGAGGAAGCAUUGAACGAACUGAUAAGGCUGGCCAAUGAUUUUCAAGUGCGAAUGGAGUUGGUUAUGAGCGGCAAAAAGGAACAGGAGAAAAAACAGUACCCGGAACGGGAUCGUUUCGCUACGAUUCACGAACCCGAAAGCACGGCGUCGGCGCUGCUACAAGCGGCCAAAGAGAAACUUCCGACCAUUAUGGAGGAUGAUACGGUCGUGACGACGUCGCCGAUCAAAGCUAACCGUAAACGCACAUCAAUUGUAGACAGCAUAAAAAUCAAAGUCGUAGCCAAGCUGGAAGAUGUUACGGUGGAAUUGCAGAACGAUAAGAGAUCGAUCGCCGUUCUUGAGGUUCAAAACUUGACAUGCAGUGCCACCAUCAAAUCUUCCUACACAGAGGUCGUAAUUCGACUUCAGGAUAUCAUCCUUACCGACACCAAUCCGGCAACGAUUCACACAAAAAUUCUAUCGAUCAUUGGAGACAACGCGUUACAAGUUCAAGUAGUGCUGUUCAACCUGGAAGCUACUUCGGACUACAAUUCAGAUGAUAUGCGCAUUGAAGUCAAAAUGGGUUGCGCUAGAAUUGUAUUCCUCAAUUGGUUCGUCACUUCGGUACUCGCAUUCCUGGACAACUUCCAGGCGGCCCAGCAACGGAUUAAAGAUGCCAGUGCUGCUGCUGCGGAGGCAGUCAAAAACAAUGCAGUAGAAGCUUAUAGUAAAGCGACACGAAUGAAGCUGGAUAUUAAAGUGAAGGCUCCCAUAAUCGUGAUUCCGGUGGAUUCAAAAAGCAUGAAUGCAGUUGCAAUGGAUUUCGGCUAUUUGAGUAUUACCAACAAUUUUCGAGACAUUGCCACGGAGAACGCUCACGGACCAGCCGUUAUAGAUGAUAUGAAAAUCGAACUGAAAGAUAUGAAGCUCUCGAAGGUGGAGGUUUGCCCAUCGGAGGACAACAGCAACACGUCACAUCUGUCACGAUUCGGAACAGAUGAUAUGAUAUAUGGAAUUGUGCCGGAUCAGAGUGCGGUACUAAGUCCAACCAGUUUUACGCUCAUUAUGAGGAGAAAUCUAUCGUCCAGUUGGUACCGAGAUCAACCGGAUAUGGACAUUUCGGGACGGUUGAAAGCUGUUGAGCUCAAUUUUAUUGCGACUGACUAUAGCGUAAUAAUGCAGAUUUUGUCGAAAAAUAUGACAGAAGGUCAGGAUGAGUUUAAAAGGCCGCCAGUUAAAACAGAAAAAUCGCCUUCCAGUCCUCAAAUAAUCAAUUAUACAACUUCAAAUGCUGACAAUUAUGCCCUCGAUGGAAAAACUAAUUGGUCUACUGUAGCAAAGAAAGCUACAGCGAAACCAUUCGGAUUGGACGUUGUUGCUUUGAAGACCCAACAGGAAGCUUCCGCCAAAGAGAAACAAGCUUCUAAGCAAAAGAUCGAUACCUUCUUGAAGUUCAGUUUUCAGAUUGACAGUAUUAACAUCAAGCUGUAUACAGCCCCCGGAGUAGGUUUGGCAGCCUUUGAGAUAUUUUAUCUCUCACUGCAGGGUAAAAAACUAACCGAUGGGUCCCUCAAUACGGCCGUCAUUUUGUGCGACAUCCGACUAGAUGAUAUCCGACCCAAUCGACAGAACAUGUUGACGCGUCUGAUGGAACGUCGCUCCAGUGAUAUGAGAAUCAGUAUUGCUAGCCGAAGUGACGACGAAGAAACGGCGACCCUGAUGGCUCCGCUGCAUUCGAUGAUCGAUAUAACGUUUAAUAUGAAAGAAAACGAUAUGUUUGCCGAUGUGAAGGUGUCCAGCUUCAAUCUUAUAUUCUCGGUGGAUUUCCUACUGAAGUUACAGCAGUUUCUUCAGCCGGAGGAGCUGGUGGAGCAAAAAGCGAUUCAGGCGGCCGAGGAGCAAGCCAGACGGGAGAGGAAGACGAGCACAUCUGCAGCACCGGUGGACAAAACCGAAUCGGGCCAGAUGACGGUGAUUAUAAAAAUCGAACAACCGGACAUCAUUCUGGUGGAGAAAAUGGACGAUAUCAACUGUUAUGCAUUGAUUCUGAACAACGAGAUCUCCCUCAACGUACGUCUGGUGGGAGAAAGACAAAUAAUCAAAGGUGAGCUGAAGGAUCUCUGCCUCUACUACGCAGAAUUCAAUCCGGAAAGACGUAACGAUACGAAACACUUCGUUAUUCAUCCUUGUUCGGUGAGCUUGAACGGGUCUACACCGGAGGGCAAGGGUUUGCACCUUAGCUUGAACUCGACCAACAUCAAAAUCAGUGUGUCCCCAGCGGUUAUUGAGCUGAUGAAUAAUGCGCUAGUAACGUUGACAACAAACGACCAGAUCAAGCUAGACGAGACUCAGCGAGCUUUGGAGUACAACGAUUUGUGGGAUAUCAAAAGUUAUGAUCCGGACGAUUUCUGGUUCAUCAGACCUGAAAUGGCAGAGGACGCACUGAGCUUGGAGUCUCUACGGACCAUUGAUAUCAAAGAAGAAAAAUGCAUGGUGGAAGUUCCCUCUAUUUCCCUGAUCAUAGAAACUGGCCUAGGGAUCAACACCAUCCCUAUGUUAUUUAUAGAGACGAACAUGCAAGCGGAGGUUUCCAACUGGAGCUCGGAUAUGAAGAUUAGCAGCUCGUUACGCUUGAGUAUGUCGUAUUACAAUCAGGCAUUAGCACUGUGGGAAUAUGUGAUAGAGCCUAAUGAAAUAGAGCAACCGAACGGAGCCAUCGAAAACAUUCCAUGGGAGCUUACAUUUGAACUGGAAGUUGACCGUCAUGAGGACCGUUCCCGAGAUCCAACGACGAAGAUACUUGUCGGCUCUAGAGAUAGCUUGGAGAUGACAGUCUCUAAAACCUGCUUGGAUGUAAUUCAAAAUUUGGGUAAAGCGUUCUCCGAAGCAAUCAAACGCGAAGGAAUUGUUAAUGCAGAAAUUCAAGCUCCAUACACAGUACAAAAUGACACAGGACAGGAUAUCAAAAUAAAUUUGAUCGGAAGUGAUUUUGUAAUUCAUCCUUCUCACCUGCAAGCGGGUCGGGAAGACGAAUUAAUCGCAAUCGAGCAAACUGGAACUGAGGAAAUCACCAGUUGUAUCCUAAUGGCGAAUGGCAGGUUAAAUCUGGAGCCACGUGACAAAGACACUGAUCUGUCUAUGUUGACUGUGAUGCAGGGCAAUGAAAAUAGUGCUAAGAAAAAGUUCCUUAAAGUGAUUGUUGGGGACACGGAUAAGGAGUUGAACCUGCCAGUGUACAAGUCGGAUAAGCGUUAUUUCCCUCUGUAUCGGAAGACGGAUCAAGAACCGUGGGCCAUCAUUUCGGAGGUGAAAAUAGAACAUGGCUCGACAGUGGUAGUACUACGAGGAAUCGUUCAAGUAUACAACCAUUUCACUGCUCCAGUGUAUGUUUCUCAGUUUAUUAACCACGAAAAGUACCUAGUCGGAGAAAUUCGCCCGGGAGCAUUUCUCAAUGUCCCAUUGUACUUUGUGUACAAUGAUUCGAAAGAAUUUUAUUUUUCGAUGAAGGGAUAUCACUUUUCUGCUCAGGGAAUCAGUUGGAAGGAGCAACCCAACAAUUUGGAACUGAUUAAGUCGUUGCAGUGCGACCCAAUUAAAACGUUUGAACCUUUCUAUAUAAAUGCCGUUCGGGAGCGACACGACGUUUUCCAUGAGGUAACAUCAAAGCACACGAUGCUAAGUGCUUGUUUCGAGAUCCAUCUCCGGCCACCACUCAUGCUACGAAAUGCACUCCCCAUCGGGCUAACUGUUUCGGUGGCAGGUUGUUCCGUACGACGGGAUUUGCAAAACGAGGUCAUUACCAGUUCAGAAAGUAUUUCCACCACCUCCACGGUCGCAGGUGAAGAUUACCUGGAUUACGGUGAAAAACUGCUCCGCCCCGGGGAGCUUUUACAUCUACCUACGGUGAAGACGGCGGCCAGGUCUGCAACGGAGACGUCCUACAUCGUGGCGAGGUUGGUUAAUUAUCUAGAAAAAGACUGGUCCUGUACAACGGAAAUUCCAGCUCAGCCACCAGAGUUUGGGGUGUGGACGUUCAACGCCUACGAUUCCGUUGAAGUUAUGUCGUUGCAGCUAGGUGUGAAAUACGAACAUCGAAGCGACGGUUUGACGUUGAUUGUUUACUGUCCAUUUUGGAUGCUUAAUAAGACGGGUUUGAUGCUCAGUUAUAGAAAAUCAAGAAAAACUGAGAAGAAAGAGUUGGCUGGUAAAACUACUUACAAGUCGAACGACGAGAACACCAACAUCCUCUACCAUCCGCCAGAGUACGAAGGCCCAAUUCUUUUCUCGUUCCGUGAAAAAGUGUUCUUUGGUAAGAAGAAAGCCGCCAUCCGCGUAGACACCGGAGAAUGGAGCGAGAAGUUCUCGCUGGACGUUGCCGGUUCCAGCGGCGUGAUCGCUUGUCAGGCCAAUAAUAUGACCUAUCAGAUCGGAGUACACAACACUCUCACGCACAAUUCACUGACGAAACAGAUCGUGUUCAUGCCUUACUUCGUACUAAUCAAUCGAGCUGACUUCGACGUAGAAGUUCAGGAACAUCUACGUCCGGGUGACCCCUGGACCAAAGUUACGGUGAACGGUUGCGUACCCCUCUGGCCCAACAAUGAGGACAAUCGAAUGUUGCGAGUCAAAGCUGUUGGUUAUCCACAAAUUACAGCCCCGUUCAAAUACACUGAGGUGCAAUGUACGCUCUUACAGCUGAAGAACCGUUACGGUGGCAUAAACGUGGAUGUACACGUCACUGAAGGUGCCAUUUAUAUAACCUUCACCGGGUAUCACGCUGGUGAUGCUCCUGCGUUGCUAAUUAACCAUACAAGCGAGGUGUUUGCGUUCAAAGAAAAAGGUGAUGUGAACGGGAAAAUUCUAAUGCCUAAUCAAUUGGUUCUCCACACAUGGAUAAAUCCAGCCGGCGAAAGAAAAAUCAUGUGGGACAGUGGAUCGAAAUUGGUUUCUGUUGAGAACGAUUUACGCCGAGACGAUAUAAGCGAGUUUAAAUCACCGACUGAUAGAGACAUUUUCUGGGUCUCCUUCCUGAAUGGAACUCAGCGAGUUCUGCUGGUAACAGAUAAUGCCAACAUCGCGUACGGAGUGCACAGUGCUAGUCGAUUGGAUCAAGUGACGCAGGAAAUAAAGCUGGAAAUACAUGGAGUUGGUUUGUCACUGGUGAAUAAUAUGAAACAGUGUGAUCUUAUGUACAUUGGAAUUGCCAGCUCUGGUGUUAUUUGGGAAGAAUGCAAACGAUCCGGCCGUUUCAAGCAGAUGAAGAUCCAAGAGACCUACUACAUGGAAAACGCAUACCAGCAUUUCCUGCGUGACACCGAAAUCGGAACAUCGACUAGCAAAAAGUACUACUUGGAGGGUGAAAAACGUGUCGAAGUGGAUUUCAACAACAUGAUCAUCAGAAAAUCGACGGAUCGGGCCGUUAAGCGUACCUUUUACCCGGGCCUUUGGUUCGAAAUCAAAUCAUCCUCCCACCAGUUGCAGUUCCAUGCAAAAAUCAAUCGAAUUCAAAUCGACAAUCAGCUAGCAGAUUGUAUUUUCCCCGUAGUUCUAGCACCGAUUCCACCACCAAAAAGUGUUGCCGCCACCACCGAGUUCAAGCCGUUCAUCGAAAUGAGUAUGGUGCAGAGAAUCAUACCUCACUCGAACGUAAAGCAGUUCAAAUAUCUACGAGUGCUCAUGCAAGAGUUUCAUGUCAAGGUAGAUCUACUGUUCAUCAAUGAAAUAUUCGAAAUGAUCAGUACGGAGAUCACCGAGGCGGAAGCGAAAAAACUCUUCGCGGAGGAUCUUAAGGUUCAAACACAACCUCUCCAUGCUCACGUUGCAAUUCAGUCUCAAGCAGAGGUAAAGAACUUCUACGACAAUCUACAUUUAGGACCGCUCAAAAUUCACGUCAGCUUUUCAAUGGCUGGUUCUGAAUCCAAAGCCCUGCCCGGCAUACUGUCAACCAUUCUGCAAGGCGUUGGUGUAACACUGACCGACAUCAAUGAUGUCGUCUUCCGGUUGGCCUUUUUCGAGCGAGAAUUUCAAUUCCUUACCCAAAGGCAGCUGGUGUCGGAAUGUGUGACGCAUUACAGCGGUCAAGCAGUGAAACAACUGUACGUACUGGUACUGGGAUUAGACGUUAUCGGAAAUCCGUACGGUUUAGUCGUUGGAUUCACGAAGGGAGUGGAAGAUUUGUUCUACGAACCUUUCCAGGGUGCGAUCCAAGGACCGGGAGAGUUUGCUGAGGGACUGGUCCUCGGAGUGAGAUCACUUUUCGGUCAUACUGUGGGCGGAGCCGCGGGGGCAGUUUCAAAGAUCACCGGUGCCAUGGGUAAAGGUUUGGCCGCACUCACCUUCGACGAUGACUACCAGAAAAAGCGUCGCGAUGCACUGAAUAAAAAACCAGCCACGCUACAGGAAGGAAUCGCACGCAGCGGUAAGGGUCUGGUGAUGGGGGUGUUCGACGGAGUUACGGGGGUGUUUACCAAACCGAUCAGUGGUGCUAAAGAGGAAGGUGUGGAAGGUUUCUUCAAAGGACUGGGUAAAGGAGCUGUAGGGCUGGUUGCCCGUCCGAUUGCCGGCGUGACAGAUUUUGCCAGUGGAAGUUUUGACGCGGUUAAACGAGCAACCGAACUAUCAGAUGAGGCGAUUAGGCUUAGACCGCCGCGGUUUCUGCACAAGGACGGAAUCGUGAGACCUUACAACAGGCGAGAAGCGGAAGGGAAUAAGUUGUUGAAGGAAAUCGACAAAGGCAAGUUUGCAGCUACAGAUGUUUUUGCUUAUUAUGAAUCAGUGGUAGACAAUAAGGAUGUGGUGGUUUUGACGGAUUGUCGUAUCAUCUAUGCAACAAAAAGUGAUCUGUUCGGUGGAUGGCAGUGCGAAUGGACUAAUCGGUGGAAAGAAAUUCUUAGCAUAUCGGUUCUGAACGACGGAGUGGAGAUGCUUCUGCGCAGCAAAGACAGCAAGUCUGCACUAAAGAAAAUGUUUGGCUCCAAUGCGAAUCAGAAAAAGAUUUUAAUUAUGCCGAUAGCAUAUCGUAGGAAUCGACUAGCGGAGAUAAUGGAACGUCUUCGGCAGAAAGCUGAAUGAUAGUGCGUAGGGGUUAUCAUAUUUUAGUCACAGAUUCAUCCGUCUACGGCGCCACUAAUCUGAAUAUCGUCAGACUAGUAUUUUCUUUAAACAUCUUCUAUUUAUUCUUUUAGUGACGUUGUUUGACAGCCAUACAUCCACUUUGCAUUAGCUAGUAAUGGCAUGUUUUAUAUCGAUGAUAGUAGCUUUACUAACGUUCUAGAGAAAUAAUGGUGAUAUGUAUCCCAGUUAUAAGACUUAUAUGUCAUAUUACUCGAUUGUAGUUAUUCAUAUUACCGUCCAGCGGUGUUUUGUUUUCGCUCUAAAAGGCAUAUAUUGUUAGAAUAUAUUUUGGACAUUAAGGCAUCAAACCUGACAGUGAUGAUUAGGAGCGCAUGAUUUGGUAUAUUCGCUCCUUGUAUGUACAACACUACAGCAUACAACCAAAAGAGACCAAGUAGAUGAUACAUUACAGAGUGGAUUCUUUGUAGAAAGAAACAGAAGCAAUCUCUUUUAUCUAUGUUGAUGGGUAUUAUAGAGCAAACAUUACUAAGUUCGUUAGCGUUUAUAAUCAGUACAAAGACUAAAAACCAAAGCAUGGUACAAGCACAUCUCAGCUGAGUAAAAAAACUAACGAAUCAUUUGAUGGAGUUGCAUUCGCUUUCCAGGAGAACAUAUAUUGUUUUUUACCAUAUAGUUAAAAUGCAGCUGACGCAAUAAAUGUAUUUAAUUUA